AUGCUCUCUUCUGAUUUCAUUAUUGUAAUUGAUGCUGACAAACGGCCUCAGGGAGAGCACGAACGUCGUUACAAUGCUAUCGCAAGUAACGAAGUUUCCGUCAUUGUCAGCGGUGAUCAGCACAACAGACGUGACAUUGUUAUUGAAUCGUGCGGCAGUGGGCUCCGAAGAAUCAGUGAAACGCACCGGUCCUACGAUGCACUGCAAUACCCACUUCUCUUCCCUUACGGAGAAGAUGGGUCCACCUUAAAAACAGUGUAUUGCAGGGCUUUCUACGCCUACCUAUUGAUAGUACAUGAGGGUGCAUUCAAUCAUUUCAUAGUAGACAUGGCUGCUAAGAUGGAAUCCGAAAGACUCUGUUACAUUAGAUUGAAUCAGACUAAGUUGCGCUGCGACUCUUACAUUCACCUCCGUGAUGCUUUACGAAAUGACGCUGAUCCACGCAAUAUAGGCAAGAUGUGCAUAUUACCUGCAACGUUCACAGGCAGUCCACGAUGCAUGCACGCGAGGACGCAAGACGCGAUGACAUACGUUCGUAAGUACGGCCGACCAGACCUAUUCAUAACUUUCACGUUACGCUCCAUCAAGUAUGUAUGCAAGUACAUCAACAAAGGGACUCGUGCUGCAAUGUUUGGUAUUAGACAGGAAGGUUCCGUAGACGAAAUCCAGGACUUCCUUGCAGGGCGCGUCAUUAGCAGCACAGAGGGCCCUUGGCACAUAUUCAGCUUCCCCAUCCACGAACGCUUCCCAGAAAUCGUCCUGCUUGCUACGUGCCUUCAUACUACGUGUGGACAAAAAAGAACACCUGGGCUCGGCGUCGAGGGCUAUCCAGGCGUCAAAAAAGACAAUCCGAAGGGUAUUCACGGUUCUCCCAUCGCGACAAGAAUGUUUUUACUUGCGACUCCUUUUGCACGGUUAGUGGUCCAACGAGUUACAAUAACUUACGGACGGUUAAUGGAGUUUUAUGUGACACUUUUCGUGAGGCCUGCCUCCGUCUCAGCUUUUUUGGAAGACGACAGCCAGUGGGAUGCCACAAUGGCUGAGGAAGCUCUUUUAAAAAUGCCCUUUGCUAUGCGCCACCUCUUCACCACAAUCUUACAAAUGUGCGAACCCAGUGAUUUGGGAUUUUAUUGUUUAUUAAUAUCUAUCUAUCUAUCUAUCUAUCUAUCUAUCUAUCUAUCUAUAUAUUGUUUUUUCUUUCUUCCAUACUUCUUUCUUUAUUUCCUUCUUUCCUUCCUUCUUUCCCCUUCCUUCAUUCUUUCCUUCUUUCUUUCUUUUUAUUUCCUCUCUUUCUUUCUUUCUUUCUUUUCCCUUCCUUCUUUCCUUCCUUCUUUCCUUCCUUCUUUCUUUCCUUCCUUCCUUUUAUUUCCUUCCUUCCUUCCUUCCUUCCUUCCUUUCUUUCUUUCUUUCUUUCUUUUCCCUUCCUUCUUUCCUCCCUUCUUUCUUUCCUUCCUUUCUUUUAUUUCCUUCCUUCCUUCCUUCCUUCCUUCCUUCCUUCCUUCCUUCCUUUCUUUCUUUCUUUCUUUUUCUUUCUUUCUUUCUUUCUUUCUUUCUUUUUUCUUUUCCUUCCUUCCUUCUUUCCUUUCUUUCUUUUCCUUUCCUUUCUUUUUAUUUCCUUCCUUCCUUCCUUCCUUCCUUCCUUCCUUUUAUCUCCUUCCACUCUUUCUUUCUUUCUUUCUUUCUUUCUUUCUUUCUUUCUUUCUUUCUUUCUUUCUUUCUUUCUUUUUCCUUCCUUCUUUGCUUCCUUCUUUCCUUCCUUCCUUUUAUUUCCUUCCUUUCUUUUAUUUCCUUCCUUCUUUCCUUCCUUCCUUCCUUCCUUCCUUCCUUCCUUCCUUCCUUUCACCCAUUUCGAUUACUUCUUUAAACACUUAA